CUUUCCCAUUCCAAUUGAUCACUCGGCUGAACUUCACCCAUCCCCUACGUGUCCGGCUUCACCACGUCGGGUCCCAGAGUUUGAACGUCAUUCGGUACAUGCCUCUCAGUCCUCCCCCUCCUCCACCGGUGGGCGCGCGGCAGUUGCACGGCUUGGAUACGAACGUUGUUCCCCGACUGACUGAAGCAGGUCUGUCUGCAUUUUGGAGGGCUCACAAAAAUUACCACUUGGAACGAUCCGGCGGAUACCGAGGUGGCGGUGGUCCUGCUAGUGGUGGUGAGAUGACCAGCACCACCACUGGCAGGACCAUCACCACCACUAGCAGGACCAUCACCAGUGGUGGUGCUGUCCAUGAGCGCAUCGGGGCAAUGGGACGCCCUCACCCAUCCCCCUCGCAGCUUGGCGUUGGUGGUGGCGCGAGCGGUGCAGAUGCUCCUUGGGGGUACCACAAUCAAUACCGUAUCGGAGUCGACAUCGCCGCUGUGACGGAGGAUCCGGAGGCGCCGGAUCCAGAAUGCGAGGAGGACGUCCUUGUCAGAAAGGGGUGGCACGUUGGGAAGGACACGGUGGAUUGGGUGGCCGGGGAUGUUCUCGUGGAGUUCUUGAAGGAGUGGGACCAGCAGGAUUUGGAUUGGGAAGGGGAUGGAGAGGAGGCGGAGAAGGAAGGCGGAAAUGAUGAUGGGCAAGAAGGAUUGGCGCUCGUAGAGAAGGUCGUCCUCGAGCUACUUCAGAUCCGAGCUUGAGGGGACGAGCAGGCGUAUUGUAUUCUGUAAACGAAGCUGUGAAAAACAACCGAGUACACAUGUUUCAUGAACUUGCG